AUGAAUUUGAGACCUUUCUGCCUUCUUGCCCUUUCACUUUCCGGCAUUUUCUGGACACUAAUCGCAAUCAUAAUCGACACCGCCUACUAUUCUGGACCGUCAGCCACGAGGUCUUUCCGUGCACUCUACGACCAUGUUUGGAAGAGUCCAGUAAUCACUCCUCUCAAUAAUCUACUGUACAACACACAGACCAGCAAUCUUGCGCAACACGGUCUUCAUCCCCAUUAUCAACACAUCCUGAUCAACCUGCCUCAACUUCUCGGCCCAGCGUUUAUCCUCCUAAUCGCCUCUGUCUACCCGUUCAAUCUUCGCAUUCUGAAGGGACUCCUCUCGAACAAUCGGCUCGCCUCUGCUGGUGCGGGAUGUCUUCUCCUCAGCUUAAUCCCGCACCAAGAACCGCGGUUCCUCCUACCCGCUGUCCCUCUCAUACUGACAAGUAUUCGUGCUCCAUCUUCUAGGAUAAGGGCGAUACUUUUCUGGACUACUUGGGUAAUUUUCAACGGAGUUCUCGCAAUCCUUAUGGGCGUAUAUCACCAGGGUGGAAUCAUCCCUGCUCAACUUGCUAUGCCUUCCUUAGUAACACAUUCAUUGAACACAACCCACUCGGACGCCCAUAAUGUUGAAAUCUUCUGGUGGAAGACUUACCCCCCGCCAACCUUCCUUCUCGGCUCGGACCCACCACAUCCUACGACCAACAGAUCGCUGAACAUCUCGACCGUUCCCCUGAUGGGCUACCCUCAAAAUGAAUUGGUCUUCAUGCUCAUGCAGCACAUGCCCACGUGCGAUCCAACACUUGUGGAACGGUUGAUCUUACACAAAGAGAAGACGGAUAUCUUUGUGGUGGCGCCACUCAGCGCAUGGCGUCUUGAUGCUUCCAACCCUCUCCUGACUUCCUCCAACCAUCUUUCUGUCCAGAAGGCGGAAUUCACCUAUCCUCCGGUCUCCAAUUUUAGCUUCGCAAUUGAUAUGAACAUUCCACCUGCACAGUUGACCUUGACCAAUUUGGCAGUGUUCCGCCGACAUUUGAAUCUUGACGACUUGGAUUUUGGGGAUGAUGGAGUUUGGCCUACGUUGGAGAGAGUCGUGGGCAGACGAGGACUGGGCGUGUGGCGGGUCGACCGCAUCUGCGGCCCCGUGGAGUACGUGGAUGCACACACGGGGGAGAAGCUUACGGCGGAACAAGUAAAUGUCAGGAAGGCAGAGAACAACGAGGGUCGGGAGGAUUUGGUUCAAGAGGCAGACUCGUUUGAAGACGCCGGCAGGGUAUCAAGUUCGGCUGUGAUUCACACCACAGCGGCGCCUGAAGAACAAGACCAGAGGAGAGUCAGCACGACCACAAUAACCCCAGAUAGUCCAACAGAUGAUCCCAGCCUCGAUCUCUGA